AUGUUUCUGUUGCUUCUGCUGACGCUGAUCGUGGUCGCCGGAUCAAGGGUUUUGGUGAAGGUCAUGCGCAAUCGGGCCACCGUAGCCCGAUUGCAGAAACUGUUUCCAAAGUUUAUGUGUGUUCCGGCCAUUCCCGUUCUUGGAUCAGCGUACCUCUUCAAAGACCCAACUCGGGCCGGUAUCUUCAAAACAUUCGUCAGAUUUUGUAAGGUCUACGGACGCAAUCUGAUCACGCAGGGUCUCUUCAAUGACCCGUCGCUCCAGAUUAGCGAUCCGGCAGUCAUCGAGCAGGUGAUGCUGGCGAAAACGAUCGAGAAAUCAACCUCCUAUGAAUUCUUGAUGCCUUGGGUCGGGUCGGGAUUGAUUACAUCAAUCGGUGCAAAAUGGGACCAACGCCGUAAGGUCAUUACGCCGGCCUUUCAUUUCAAGAUGCUGGAGGACUUUCUGGUCAUCAUGAAUCAUCAGGCGGACGUGUUGAUCAAGAAGCUAACGGCGCACGUUGGUGGACCAGAUUUCGACAUCUGCGAUCACGUCACAUACUGCGCACUGGACAUCAUCUCCGAGUCUGCCAUGGGUGUAAAGCUGAACACGCAGCAUAAUCCACACACGGAGUAUGUCGAAGCAGUUCAAGAACUUUCAGACAUCAUGUUCAAGCGAAUGUUCUCUCUUGCGCGAGAUUAUAAGUGGGUGUUUCGGCUGCAGAAGGCAUCUCGUCGGCAAAAUGUGCUGAUGAAAGUCGUGCACGACUUUGCACAGCUUGUAAUCAACGAGCGCAAAAAACAGCUGCAAAACGAACGCGAGCGUCUGUUAACGAACCAGGAGCUCGAGGAAACGGACGUCGACGGCAAGAGACGGAUGACGCUACUCGAUCUGCUGUUGAACGUAACCAUCGAUGGCAAACCGUUGUCUGAUACCGACAUCCGUGAGGAGGUGGAUACGUUUAUGUUUGCCGGAUACGAAACGACAAACUUGGGCAUCAGUAACGCUUGCUACCAUCUGUCCCGUAAUCCAGCGAUCCAACAGAAGGUGUACGAGGAAAUUCAGGAAAUAGUUGGUCCCGAUGCGGCCCGGAUCGAGCUUACCAACAGUACGCUCCAGGACUUACGCUAUCUGGAUCUGGUUAUCAAAGAGACGUUGCGCAUCACCCCCUCGGUACCGAUCAUCGGUCGCCGAUCGGCCGGUGAUAUGACCAUCGAUGGUGUUCCGGUGCCAAAGGGUAUGGAGUUUGUUAUUCUCAUCUAUGCGCUCCACAAUGAUCCGGAGUUCUAUCCGGAACCAGAGCGUUUCGAUCCGGAGAGAUUCAGUGAGGAGGCACAGGCUGCCCGCCCGCCAUACAGCUACAUCCCUUUCAGUGUUGGUGCGCGUAACUGUAUCGGUCAGCGGUAUGCCAUGCUCGAGAUUAAAACCGUACUAGUGAAGGUGCUGGCCAACUAUAGGCUGCUACCUUGCGAGGACAAGAACAGAUCACUUCCCCAAUCCACUAUCAGGCCGCAAAUAUUCUAUGAUUCGUCAGUGAAGAUUGUAAACCGUCGCUAA